GUCUGAAUAUUUGAGCUGAAUCAGUUUUUACUGUGUAAGUUGUAGAUUUGUUCCCUCUGUGGAGUCCACAGCUUCAUGCAGUCGGUUUAGCUGACUUUCUUGAGGCACUGAGGGCAGUUUGAGUGCAUUACAGCAGACUGAUCUUCUCUGUUAUCUUUCCAGUGUGAGUGCACGAAAGGAUCUCACAGAUGAACAUGUGGCCCCUGACACUCCAGCCACCUCUUCUGCACCAGUCUCACCUCCAGCUGAGGCUGAGACGAACAAAUCAAAGAAGGCUUCCUGGUGGCGCAGAUGGCUUUUUUGUGAGAAAAAGUCAAAGGUUUUUCCCAAAAAUGAAGACAAGGCAGAAGACACGGUCGUGCCACCUUCUGAACCCCAACAGAGUACCAUCAGCACUGAAAAAUGUGAAGUCAAGGACGUUGGUGUCCAGACAGAGGCUUCCUGCCCUCCCAACUCGCUGCUGUUUUUCUGCACGAAAAAGGUGACCUUAGAUGAUGAGCCGCGUUGUCCUGAAGUCAAUGAGAGAGAUGAGCCAGUUUCCAGGCCGUGUACCCCAGCAGGUCACGGUGGUAGCCAGGGAGCCAUGCUAAGAGACCACGUCACACACUGCUGACUAACAUACGAUGAUGAGUUCGUCAAUGAUGAGCAGCGGCAGAGAACAGCUUACCUGCUGUUCUAUGAAAAACAGUGUGAGUGCACGAAAGGAUCUCACAGAUGAACAUGUGGCCCCUGACACUCCAGCCACCUCUUCUGCACCAGUCUCACCUCCAGCUGAGGCUCAGACGAAUAAAUCAAAGAAGGCUUCCUGGUGGCGCAGAUGGCUUUUUUUGUGAGAAAAAGUCAAAGGUUUUUCCCAAAAAUGAAGACAAGGCAGAAGACACGGUCGUGCCACCUUCUGAACCCCAACAGAGUACCAUCAGCACUGAAAAAUGUGAAGUCAAGGACGUUGGUGUCCAGACAGAGGUUUCCUGCCCUCCCAACUCGCUGCUGUUUUUCUGCACGAAAAAGGUGACCUUAGAUGAUGAGCCGCGUUGUCCUGAAGUCAAUGAGAGAGAUGAGCCAGUUUCCAGGCCGUGUACCCCAGCAGGUCACGGUGGUAGCCAGGGAGCCAUGCUAAGAGACCACGUCACACACUGCUGACUAACAUACGAUGAUGAGUUCGUCAAUGAUGAGCAGUGGCAGAGAACAGCUUACCUGCUGUUCUAUGAAAAACAGAUGAUGAGGCUGCCAUGGCGGGUCCUGGCUCCACACACAGCACCUGUAAGGAGAGCCUCCUCAGUCCUUGCAGGGCUGAUGAACUUUGUCCCCGCCUGCAGCACCACCGACGCCCACUCACUGGAGCUGCUGCAGGACUUUGUGACCCGAGCCAGACGCCUGUUUGUCAUCACCGGAGCGGGUCUGUCCACGGAGUCGGGCAUCCCCGAUUACCGUUCAGAGGGCGUCGGGCUGUACGCCCGCACUGACAGACGACCCAUGCAGUACGCAGAGUUUGUCCGCAGCGCAAAGUCCCGUCAGCGCUACUGGGCCAGAAACUUCGUCGGAUGGCCGCAGUUUUCCUCCCACCAGCCGAACUCUGCACACAAGGCCCUGCAGCGGUGGGAGGACAGGGGCAAGCUGCACUGGCUGGUUACGCAGAAUGUAGAUGCUCUUCACUCAAAGGCGGGUCAGAAGAGACUCACAGAGCUCCACGGCUGUGCCCACAGGGUCACGUGCCUUGGCUGUGGUGCCAUCUCAGCACGGGAGGAGCUCCAGAGGCGAUUUAUAUCUUUAAACCCAGAGUGGCGAGCUCAGGCUGGCGCCGUGGCCCCAGACGGAGACGUCUUCUUGGAGGAUGAGCAGGUCCUCCAUUUCAGAGUUCCCUCCUGUGAUGACUGCGGCGGGAUACUGAAGCCUGAGGUCACGUUUUUUGGAGACUCCGUGAACAAAGCAACUGUGCAGUUUGUGCACGAAAGGCUGGCAGAGUCGGAUGCGGUGCUCGUUGUGGGGUCAUCUUUACAGGUGUACUCAGGAUACAGGUUUUUACUGGCAGCGAGGGACAGGGAGAUGCCGGUCGCCAUCCUGAACAUAGGGCCCACCCGAGCAGACCACCUGGCUGAGCUGAAAGUCAGCGGCCGCUGCGGGGAAGUGCUGUCAGUCAUUCAGCCGCUCUGACUGACCGCAGCCUAAAAAGCUUGAAGUGCUCUGCUGGUUAGGUUAAAACUACCUCAGAUUUAUGGAAACAGUUGCUCUCUGUUGUUACACACUGUAUGCAGGUGACUGAAUGUUAAUAAUUGUGAGCUAUAAAUGUGUCAGACUUGAAUCCAGCUGAUCUUCAUACAGCAGGUUGGUGUCAGGGAGCUGAAAUCCUGUCUCUGCAAUCAAAUGUCAACCUACCAGGAAAACAGAAAGACUGUGCUUUGUUGUGUGAUUGUUGGUUUUAGGUUGAAAUAAUAAUGGCAUGCAGGUCAGAUGUGUGAAGUGAAAUGAAAAUUUGCAGGCUUGAAGAAAAACAGAGGUACCCCGUUUUCUUCCUCAAGCUCUUUUCACUUUAUAAAUGGACUGCAUUCAUGUAGAAUGUCUUUUCAAGUCUUAUCAAACACACAAAGCACCAUCACUAUGUACUGACGACACCUUUGGAAUCAAACGCUCUUAUUCUGAUAAGACAAAAACACACAUGGUGGCUGCUCUUAUGUAGAUGGGAAGAUGCAAUAUAAAUGUUUAUUUUCAUGUUCUGCCACCAGAUCUGUUUUAAAAGGUGCAAUUUGUUCUUCUUCCUUUUUUUAAUUAUGCAAUACUCAGAUGGUUAGUAUUUUGAUUGAUUUUAAAUGCUGCCAUAUUCAUUUUAAUCAGUUUUUGUGAAUUUCAGUUUAAAGUAGGUUGAAUUAAUAUUUUUUCAGGCUGGAUUUUAAAGUGGCAUUAUGCUGUUUUUUUAAGGUUAUGUGGUGAAAACUUUCUGUAA